AUGGUUCGGUUUAGUGGUGUUGAGUCCGCUCGAUAUCGUGGCCUGCCGAAACCUCGCCAUUCCACCGUCGCUUGUCCUCUCCUCGUGCCGCCGUCGCCGCCUCAUAGACCCGUCUCUGUCAAGCGCCGCCGUGCUCCCGAUCUGUCUCCGCCGCCUGUGAAACGAGCUCGAACUCGAGGACAGCUCAAAGCCCUCGCCGAAGAGACAAAUCGCUGUCACGCCGUCGUACCGAGUGUCUCCGCCAAAUCUAUCGAUCUCACCUGCGCAGAAUCAGUACCGGAGUCCGACGAAGAAGUCGACUCGUCUUCCUCUGAGACUCGAGUUUCGAUGGCAGUAAGGAGUAAAUCGCCACCAUCUGCAACCACGUCGCCAGAGUCUUCAUCUUCUCCGUCGGAGUCAAAUUCGCCGCCGUCUGCAACAUCUCCGACCGAAUCGUCACAUUCAGAGCACGAGUCACUGCCUGCGCAUGAGCCGUCGCCGCCGGAGAAUGUGUAUGAAUCUGAAUCUGCUUCCGAUUCAUUAUCAGAAGAAUGGAAUUGGCAAUUUCCAUCUGCGGAUUCACUUGAUGUCUCUUUGAUGAGCUUCAUCAAAGGUCGAAACAAGUUGCCUUACGACCCUCUUGAUCCUCGGAGCAAAUACCGCUUCGAAAUUUCUCGAAUCGAGGCUACCAAUCCAUCUCAAUCUGAGCCGCCAUUUCCUCCUCUCUCUCAACGGUUCCUUCACUCUGCAACCAUGCAUCCCGUAGCUGUCACCAGUGGGUCAGAGAAGACUCUACCAUUUCCAUCUCUGAUUUAUCAAGUGCUGCAAUAUCAAAGAGAGGUUCCUGUGUUUCCACAUGAGGUGCCUGAAUCUGUUAAACCAUAUAAAGCAGUUCCGAAGAGUGGUAUGGGUAGGAGACAACAUCCAGUUCCAGGGCACGUGUAUGGAGUAUCUCUUGUAGCCGAUCUCAGGAAGCAGGCUCAAGUCCUUCUAGACAUUGCUGCUCGGAUUGAAGCUCAAGCUGCUGUAGCCGGUGGAUCAGAACAAGGAGCUGAUGCCGAGGCUGAGGGGGAGACUGAUGGUGGAAACGAAGCUGARGAGUCUAGGAGUCAGUCGUUCUGA